AGUUACGUUUCGAAUUCGAGUUUCGAGUUGAAAAAGCGUUUCCUCAAUCAUUCCGAGUCCCGAUUUAUUUAUACGUUGAUAACCAAGUGUGAUUGAUAUCCUGAUUCUCGAGUACUUUUGCUCAAUUUUGCUCAAGUUAUAAAGGUAAAAAUAAAAUCAGGAAACCUUAGAUCUUCUUCGAAAUAUUAUGGAGAAGGAUAAAGAUUUAAAAAAUAUUUGGAAAGUUUACCGUUCAUCUGAGACAGAACGAGUCAGAUCAAAUACUUUACCUGGAUUGUUGCCGUCUAAUAAGCAGUCGUUCAAAUGUAACACGAGCGACAAUUUGCAUGCAUUAAUCAGACCAUACAAUUGCAAACUAUAUGGGAGUAACAGAGAAUUAAGUGUAAGGUUCCAAGAUAGCAUAUUGAAAGCUAACAGUAACUGUGUGAGUACAUGGGUUUUCCCACACAACAAUCACAGUAUUGAAAACCUGAACUGGAGCAUGCAAUGUAAUCAAGAAUCGUUCAUAAGAAACACUACAUCAAUGGAAGAUCAGUUGGAACAUAUGGAACUUGAAUCAGCAAGUCAAUCAACAGAGGAAUAUCAAGAAGAGGCUGGUACAAUUAAAUCUGUUAUUUUUUCAAAAAAGACUAGUUUGCGCCCAAAAUUGAAAAUAAAAUUUGGGAAACAAAAACCUGAGAAGAGACAGGGCACAAAUUCUGUAAACGAAGACAAUAUAACACCUAUAAAGAAAUGGAAGGAUGAUGAUAUAUUAGACAAUCCAAUUGUUCCGUCUGAUUCUUCUGUCAUUUCUACUGCUGAUAGCUGUGACAAAUACGAAGAUCCUCAAGCUAAACAUGCGUCGAAAAAGAACUUUGUCUUAUGCAAACGUUAUGUUAAACGUUCUAUGUUUUUACUAUUAUUAUCUACGAUACUCGUGACUUUUAUCUCGGUGUACUUGUAUGAAAAUCAGGAGACACGCAAGCAUAGUAAUGAUUUUGCGAAUGCUGUUGUUGAAUUGAAGGAGCGGAUUCAUGGUCACAACAACUUGCAGAAAUUCUGUGAAUAUCUUCAGAGUGAUGUACCCUCCUUCAAAGUGAUAGUCCUCUUCGGUGACACAGGCGUCGGUAAAUCAUACACGGUAGAUAUCAUAAGAAGGAAUUUCCCGCGAAAGUAUGCUAUUCGUCAGUAUUUUCCGCCAUUGAAAGCCGUGAACGACAUCAAUCUUCCUCUCUUAUAUCCGAAUUUAAUCAUCCUGGAAAAUUUGAAAAAACAUCAUUUGACGGACUUUGUAAACUUUCUAGAGACCCGUCGAGAUAUGUAUAAGAAUCGCUUCGUGACCAUACUGGCCAUUUUCAACUUCGAAGAUUUAAUUGACCUCAAGAUACGAAUAAGAAAUCAGCUCCACGAUGAAGCCGUAAUUAAAAACGCUUUUUUCAACAAAAAUAUCGAUGUUGAAAUUUUUUUCUAUGAGUCUUUGAACGAAAAUGCUUUGGAGGGUUGCAUUAUAGAUGCGAUCAAAGAGAGCAAAUUGACGCUCAACGAAAAACAAUUUAAUCUUGUUAAAGAGAAUCUGUUGAUACAUCAGGCCGGUUGUAAAAGGGCCUACAGGUAUGUUCAGGUGAUCGGUAGGCAACAUGAAUGAAUGUAAAAAUUGAUCGAUAGAAUUCCUUGUAAAGAUGAAAAGACUGAUGAAAUCACUAUGUAUUUUACGACUGACAUAACAAAUCCGACUGCGACGCGCAUUUUUUUUGUAUAUAUACUUUAUGUAAUUAUUUCAAUUACUAUAUGAGUGCUUUCCAAUUGCUUAACAUAUUUUAACACAAAUGUACACAGGAAUAAAAUGUAGCAUUGUGCACUCAAUUAGAACAAAUGUAUCGCUGUACACGGUUUAGGCAAGGAUAGAACUAAGUUAAAAGUAACUUUUUCUAUCUGUUGAAUGUGUGAGAAGCAAAAAUGCAGGCCAUUAUCUUCCAAUAUCUUCCAAUCUUAUUUAUAGCUAUCGUGAUUAACCGAUUUGACCAUUAGUAACAUGUAAUUGUCACAAAAAUACAAGUUUACCCAAUUGACUAGUAGCUUUUGGGCUGAAUACAGAUAUGUGUCAAUGAUUACGAUAAUUAGAAUUGUCGCGUGUUCAUGAAAGUGUGUAGUGAUUUUACAAUUGAAAAGCACUCUAUAUUGUGAUAAUCUUAAGACCUAAUAAGUAGUUCUUACCGAGCGAAUAUAUUUUCUGAAUGUAAAUAUUUUUUGAAAUGCGUUCCACUUUAAUUAAAUGAUCGUCGACCCUCUCGUCAAUUUUUCAUUAAAGGGCAUAAUUUUGAUAAUUUAUGGAAAGAGAUCGAGCAGCCAAUUUCAUUAGUGAAAGCCAACUUGGAGACGAAUAUAACGUUCAUAGUCUGUGGACUUAAAUGCAUAAUGAAAUUUUCGUGUGCAUUACUUCCGGAUUGUGAAUAUUGAAGAUUUGAGCGGUAAUUUUUGCGGGCGAUGUCGUAUCACUUACGUUCGAUGAAACGCGUAAUCGACUCGUGGUUUCGCACGAUUGAGUGAACUCAUGUGGAUUAAGAUUUCCAUACGACAUAUACAAUGUCGCGGACUUUGAAACUUUCUUUUUGUAAUUGCAUUUGGACUCAUAAUGAUUUGUAAGCGAAUAACCAACCACGAUAUUACGUAUAGAACGUUAAGAAACGACAUGUUAUACCCAAAGUAUGAAUGUUACGUUAUUACUAUCGAUCGCUCUUGUGCAAUUGAAAAGUCGCGCGAUUGUAUUUCUAGAUAGGUAUAAGUGAAAUUUUUCCAAGACGUGAAAGAAAGAAUUUCUUAUUACAUAAACAUUGUUUUAUCUCUACUUAGGAAUAAGUGGGGAAAGAAUUAAGUGCCAAAUCUUGAAAAAAAACCUACUAAGAAUAUUUUAUUUUUAAGUUACAAAUUUGAUAAUGAUGUGUCAGAAUGUGGUCAGGAUGGAUUGCAGUCAGUGCCUUUAAUUAACUAUUCUUAUCUUAGGAUAGACGUCUUUUAGAGGCACAUUGUGAACUUGCUACUUGUAUUUUUUGAAACUAUUUUGCUCAAUAUAUUUAUAUUUCAAUUUAUAGUAAUUAGAUUAUGUAGUAAUUGUAUUAUGUAGAUUUACAUUAUAGACAGAUUAUAG